UGCGCCACCAACCACCAACCACCCCGACAACCACCCCCGACCACACCCCCACCCAAACAAACACACAUAAAACGCAAACCAACCCAGACGGAGAGCGAGAGACGGAGAGAGAGAGAGAGAGAGAGAGAGAGAGAGAGAGAGAGAGAGAGAGAGAGAAAGAGAGAGUAGAGAGUAGACAAUGGCCUUCAUCCAAGACCCGCGGCUGCGCCAGACGUGGAACCAGCUGUCGCACACCACCGAGGCCGUCACGUCGGACGCCGCCGCCGGCAUCUGGACCUUCGGCCACCGCUACAUCAACCCCUGCCUCGCCUCGCUCGGCGCCGCCGUCGACUCGUGCGCCGCCGUAUGUCUGGGUGAUCGUGACGAAAGGGCGCGAAGGGCGCGCGAGCGCGAUCGUGGGGCGAGGGGGUCGCGUAGGACGACUACGGUGGGGAGGGCGGCGCCGGAGUAUAGUUUUGAUUUUUAUGAUGAUUGGGAGGAGGAUUUUGCGGCCGAGUUUGAGGCGGAUGCCGGGGGGAGGGAGGGGGAGAGCCACCACCACCAUGGGAGGAACGAUGAGGAGGGACCAAGGCAGCAACAGCAGCGGCAGCAAGGGAAAAGGCCGAGGAGCGACACCACAACUUCGGGGGAUACGUCGAGCUCAUAUCGGUCAAGGGGUGAUCUAUUCCCGAGCGAUGGGGAAGGGGAUGAGGAUGCGGUGCCGCUGGGCGACGAGUUUACGGUGGCAUUGGAACGGGUUGACGACCGGGGCAGCACCAAGACCCGCAGCAGCAAAGGGAAACGGCCAGCCGAUAGGGACAGAGACAGGGGCCUAUCAAGGACAGUUUCUCGAACUACGCUGUCGUCGACGCACACACCAGAGGAAAGCAAGUGGGAUAGCAACCCGGUAUCUCCUGUCCAGGAGGUGGAAAGCCCGGUACAGGCCCCCUCGCUAGAGGACCUCCGGCGGGAAGAGGAGCAAGCCGCCAAGGAAGAAUAUGAAGAGAUCGAGCGGAGGCGGAGAGCUGCCGCACAACUGGCCAUGCAGAGAGGUCUGGGCAAGGACGGUUCCGAGCCCUUGAAUAAUACCGACGAAGCGGAGAGCGACGCACCAAAUAACCAGCCUCAGCCUACCCCAAUAACAGAGGGCCUCGCACCUAACCUACGUCGAACCACGAUUGAUGACGACGAGCUUGAAGAGAUCGAAUUUAAGCCACCACACCCCGCGACCCGAGAGCCUAGCCCCACACCAACGAAGAAAACUAAUGGCGAACUACGAGUUGAGAACACCUUUGUGCCGGCGCGGCUGCCUCAUUUUGGUUAA